UCUAAACAAAAUGGAGGUCUUUGAUGUGGUGCGUACAUGUCUGACAAAGUGCUGCUAAAAAUUUGCGUAAAACGCUGUGAGCAAAUGUUUCACUGCGAAUAUGUCAAAGGUCGGCCAUGAAGUGUGCGAAACAACAAAUACUAAUACAAAUCCAACAAAAAGGACAAAAACAAAUGUGCAUACAUUAUAAUAUAAGAGAAUAUAACGGAAAACGUUCCAAUAAUCUGCACAUGAGCUGUAAUUAAGUUUAGUAGUUAGAACAAACAAGCAAAAGCAAACAUAAACAAAUAAACAACAACACGAGAUAACAAUAAUAACAAUUGAAAAUUGACCAAAACGCAAAAAUCGCGUUUAAAUUGACAUUUAAAGGAUUCGGAUUGGGACAUUUGAAGUGCGCAUCCUUCUAACACUGCGCUGUUGUUAAAUGAGUCAACGUCGCGUCAGGAUUCAACCUGCCAGUCGAAGACUGAUAACGAAAGUCGCCGCAACGUGGUGAGUGCGACAUUUUAGACUCGACAUUUUGACAUCAUCUGCAACGAAAGCGUUUUGAAGGCAGGAGGUAGGUGGUGUCGCAACAAUACUGACAACGGCCACGCGCAGAGAGCAGCAUCAAAAUUAAGCCAAUAGACGACCAAACCUAAAACGCAGCGUCGCGUCCAUCGACGCGGAACGGACAUUUCUGUGUGCGCUGCGUUUCAAAAAUCUAAUGGAUGGAAAUGCACAAAAUAUGUUUCACGGAAAUCAUCAAGGAGAUCCCUAUUACCGUUAUGAUGCGGCCGCCGCAGCAGCAGCCGCCGCGGCGGCUAAUCCUCGAGCGAUGGGCCCACCCGGCGGCUAUCCGCCGCGUCAUCGGGCGCCACAUCCGCUACAGCAGCAGCCACAAUAUCCAUCGUACCAGCCAACGGCGGAGAACCUGUACGGGUUGGGGGCCACAGAUCAGCAUGCGGCCAUGGGUGUCGGUAUGGGUGAUCUAAGCGGGUGGGGAACAGCGCCUUCGGUGCCGGGACAGGCAGCUGCCUAUCCAGGUGCUGGUCUCAGUGCCUAUGGGCAUCCACAGUCGGUGGCGCCUCCGACGCAGCAGCAGCGUCAGAGCAACGCCAGCGCCUAUCGUCAGCAUAUGCCCGCCUAUGGACAGCAGGAGCAGCAGAAAUUGGCACCAUAUGGUGCACAACAGAGUAUGAUGGGCGGUCUGGGGGCCAGUGGUUAUGGCAGCUUGGCGCCACAGCAACAGCAGCAACAACAACAGCCCCCGACGCCACAGCAACAACAACAACAGCAGCAGCAACAGAGUCAGCAGCAGGCUCGACUGCCGCAGCAUUAUCCCCAAGCGCCCGGACAACAUCCAUUGUAUCCGGGUGCACCGGCGCAGGCUGGACAACCGGCAGCACCGCAGGCGUAUGCACACAGUCCCUACGGCAGUCCGAUGCAACAUCAGCCGGGACGUGGAGCACCUCAACAUGUUGGCUAUGGACACGCGGCGUUGGAUCAGGCGAGUGUUGCUUAUGGCCAACAUGUGCCCAGUGCACCGCCGCCAACGCAUCAUCUAACUGCGCAGCAGCAGCAGGCAGCGCAGUUGGGUGCACAUCCCAUCCAGCAGCAGCAGCAACAGUUGCAGUCACAGCAGCAGCAGGCGCAACAACAGCAACAACAACAACAGCAGCAGCAACCCAAUCAUGUUAGUCUAAUGCAGCAACAGCAGCUGCCAGGCGCAGGAUUGCCGCCGCCUCACAUGGGCAUGCCUCCCAGCUAUGGCAGUCAUCAUCAGCAGCAACAGCAGCAGGCACAGCAGCAACAGGCACAACAGCAGCAACAACAACAGGCACAACAACAACAGAGUGCACCGCCUUACAUGUCCAGCAGCAAACAUCAGGCGGCAGCACAACUGAAUUCGUCGCCACAGUAUCGUGCACCAUUCCCACAGCUCUCCCCGCAAAUGUCGCCACGUCCGCCGACAAUGUCGCCGCAUCCACAAAUGUCGCCACGUCCUGUGGGCGUCUCUCCAGCAAAGCCGCCACAGACGGCACAACAACAACAACAGCAGCAAGUGCAGCAGGUGCAACAGCAAGUGCAACAACAACAGGUGAAUUCACCGAGUCAACACAGCAUACAGGGUAUGGUGGGAUUACCCUCACCUCGCCCUCAACCGCCCAGUGCCGCGUCUGUUGCCAAGGUGCCCGUUAGUGCGGCAGCUGUUGGUGUUCCUCCAGUUAAUACCUUGCAAGCACUCGAACAAAUGGUUAUGCCCUCGCAAGCGCAUGGUUUGCCGCCCAUGGAUUAUCCAUCGUCGUAUCGCAGCGCUGCUGUGAUGGGACCGCGCAUGCCCGCCUCACCUUCGCCCCAGCAUCAUCAGCAAUGGGGAGCGCCGCAUAUGUCCGCCAUGCAACAGCAACAGGCGCCACAGCAGCCGCCACCACAACAACAACAGCAACAACAACAACAGCAGCAGCAACAACAACAGCAACAGGCUCAAGCAAAUGCUUUGUUGCAGCAACAACAAGCGGCGGCAGCAGCAGCAGCUGCAGCUGCGCAGCAACAUCAACAGCAUCAGCUGAGCAUGUAUGGACAGAGCAUGGGACAACAGGUGCCAGUUACGGUGCCCGUUUCUGUGCCACCGGUGCAACCACCAGCACCAGUUGCAGUGCCCGUGCAACAGCAGCAACAACAACAUCAACAGCAGCAACAACAACAGCAGCAGCAACAACAACAGCUUAAUGAUCAACUGCAGCAUUCCAUCAAUGACAUUGUCGGCAACAGCAAUCAACAGCAAUUGUCUGCACAAAUGUCCUCCUCGCCGUUGCAUCAACAGAGUUUGCCAAGCAUGCAUCAUUUGUCAGCAGCCGCACAUCAUCAACAGCAGCAACAACCCGCAUUGGAGGCAAGUGCAGCAGUUGUUCCGGCAGUUGCAGUGCCACAGCAGCAGCAGCAGCCACCACAGCAACAACAGCCAACCCAUCAGCAAAUGCAGCAGCAUCAGUCUCCCAUACAUCAGCAACAGUCGCCGCUGCAACAGCAACAUUUGCCGACUUAUGCUCAAACAAGCAACCAGCAGCAGCAACAACAUCAGCAAUUUGACGCAUUUGCCAAUAUUUUAGCUGAUGCUCAACAGCAACAACAACAACCGCCAGCAGCAGCGACAACGCAACAAAUCAUGUCACCAGUGCAUGUAAGCUCUCCAAUACCACAGCAAAUGCAACAGCAACUACAGCAGCAACAACAGCAGGCGAGUGUGCAACAGCAGCAAGUGCAACAACAGGUGCAGCUGCAACAACCAGCAACACCAACACCUUCAACACCGUCGCAUCAUUUGAGUAGCAUCUUGAAUGAAACAGCGAAUUCGAAUGAUUCAUCAACAUUGGCGGUUGCUGCCAACGACAGCAAUAACAGCAGCAGUAACAGCAGCACCAACAGCAUUGUCAACAAUCAACCGACCUCCGUGCACGACAGCAACUCGCAGAGCAGUAUCAACAGCAACAAUCAGCAACCAUUGCUCUCGGGCAUGGAUGCUGUGGCAAGCGGCAUGUUGAACAACAGCAACUCGGACAACUCUGCGCACACCACCACGCAUGUGAGUGCCGUCGAUGUGGGACUCUUUGACAACAACUCAAUGAGCUCAACGAGCGCAGCAGCUGUGGCAGCUGCAUCCAAUGCUGCCUCAGCAGCAGCAGCAAUGCUCGACAGCAACUCGCAAUCCUCGAAUGCAGAGUUUGAGAAGAGCGUUUGUGAACCGGAAACGGCAACAGCUGUAGAACUAUGUGCUCAGUUGGCGCAGGAUGACAACAGUGUGUCCAAGACCCAGGCGGAAAGUCUAAGCGAGACAACGCUGCCAGUGCAGGAGGAGAAUGAUUCAAGUCACAAGCAACAACAGUUGCACACCGAGGAGCUGUUGGACCAGACGCACCAAACUUUAAGUGAACUCUCUGCUGUCGCUGGAGAUGAAACCAAAUCCGCUGAAGAAAUGUGCGAGGAUAAGUCGCAAACACAGCAAUCACAAUCCCAACUGGAUGUAACGGUGACUCCGCAAACGAUGGGACAACAGACGCCCAUGGCAAUGGGCAUGCCAGGAGCAAUGCCACCACAUCCCAUGGCCAACUACGAGGCACAGCAGGCGACAGGUGCGACAUCAGGACCACCAGGUGCAACACCACUUAUACCGCCCAUGUUACCGCCGCAUCCUGGAGCAACUGGUGCCAUGUAUCCGCCGUAUCCGAUGUUGCAUCAACAGGAAAUUGCUGCGUUGCAACAGCAAAUACAGGAAUUCUACUGCAUGCCACCUGGACAUGAGCAUAUGUAUCAGGAGAAGUUGAUGCGCUUGCAGGAGCGUCUCAAUCUGUUGCAGCAACACGAGAUCGCCGAGCAAUGUGCUGGUGGACCUCAGUGUCUGCUGUUCCAGAACAUGCCACCAAUGUACGGCGGCAGCAGCGCGUUGCACAAUCAAAUGGUGGAGAGUCCACAGGUGUCGAGCACCACGGGACGAGGUCGUGGCAAGGGCGCCAAUAAACCACGUAAACCACGAGCCAAAAAGGGUGACAAGGCGGCACUGCAACAGCAGCAGCAACAGGAGCUGAUGGACAUCAGUGGCAAUGUGGUUGUGGCAGCUGCAAGUGCCAGCAGCAGUGUCAGCAGUGGCAUUUCCACCACCCAGCUGCCCGUCUCCGAAGAUUGUGUGACCCAAGGUGCGGGAGAUACAAGUGUUGUCGGUCUACUGGAGUACAGCGAAGGCAUGGGUGACUUAUCCCAGGAUGUCCACUCGGCCAAUGAACUGGACACGUCCACCGAUGGCAGUGGCAAGAAGAAGAAACCCCGCAAGCCACGCACGCCCAAGGAUCCUAAUAAGCCGCCACGUGAUCGCACGCCCAAGGUCAAGAAACUGCGUGAUCCCAAUGAUCCCAAUUCGACGGAAUCUCCAGGCGCCGUACGUAAACGUAGCAGCGUCAGCAAACGACGCAAGGCAUUUGGGGAUGAGGCAUCUGAGCAAACUGGCGAAGGAAGUGAACUGGAGGACAACAAACCGUUGUUGCCCAAGACUUUGGGAGGGGAUGGCGAGGCCGAGACAAGUGGUGGUGCUGGCGUUGGUGUUGAUGGCGAGUCGCCUGAUUAUGAUGAUAUACCCGUCUCGAAGAUACCACGCGGUGCCAACGAGGAAGACAAAGAUGCCGAAGUCGGCGAUGAAACAGUGGAUUCUGUGCCGGACUCAGCUGGGGAUGCAGCAAGUACUCCAAGUCGUCGGGAUCGCAAACGCUCCACGGCGCGGAGUCGUCGCAACGCCACAUCCGAGGAUGGGGGAAGUGCGAGGCGGAAUCGUGGUUCACUCAGCGCCAAGGCGCUCAAGAAGCGACGAAAUCGUGGACGCAUUGUACCCGAAUCAGAUGGUGAGGACGAUACCAUGGAUCGAACGCCGCCGCCAUCGCCACCGCCUGAUUCAGAGCUCGACUCGAAUAAACGACGUUCGUCCAGGAAUACGCAACGUAAGAAGUACAUUGAUGACGUCAUGUUGCGUUUCUCCGACGAUGAGAAUUCUCUUUUGGUCGCCUCGCCUGUUAAGAAGGAUAAGAAAUCCUCAACGAACGCGGCCAACUCGAAUGCCGGCAGCGAUGUGGAGAAAGCGGAACCACACUCUGGUGCCGAGGGAGAGGCGGGCAGUUCAGCCGGAGAGGAGAAACCACCUCUAGCUACAGACGAUAACAAUAGUCAAAUUGAGGCCAGCUCAAGUACGUCAGCUGCCGAAAAGGCGGAACGUCAAAGCGUCAAUGAAGCAGCCGCUGCAGCUGCCAUGUCCUCCAAGCCCAACUAUGUGUACAUUAACACAGGAGACGAGGACAGCAUGGUGGUGCAGUUUGUGCUGGCCCUGAGGAUGGGUAAGCGUGAGUUGAUUCCGGAACCACCAAAGGUCAAGACGCCAGAGCCAAAACCGGAGGUAGAGGAGACACAGACAGAGCCAGAAAAAUCUGUCGAAUCCACAGAAAAAUUAGAAGAGAAAACGGAACAAUCAGAAACGGAUGACACCUCCAUCAAGCCAGAACAGUCCAAGGAACAAAGCGAAGUUAAAGCUGAAGUGGAGAAAGUAGAUACCGAGGAGAAAAUGGAAGUUGAUGAAAAAACAGAGGCAUCUAAAACGGAGGAAACAGAAAACACAGAGAAAACAGAAGAAGAAACACCUGAAAAGGAAGUUGAAACCAAAAUGGAAGUAGACGAAACCACAGAAAAAGUGGAAGACGACGAAGAAGCCGGCAAAACUGAGAAACCGGCAACUGAAGAAAGUGAAGAAAAGGAAAAGGAAACGGAAAAUGAGGCCAAGACUGAUGAGGAGGAAAUCCCAGCUGAGCCAAAGAUUGAAGAGGAUCCAACUAAAGAGGAGACAGAGAAAGAAGAAGAAAAAGAAACACAGCCUGAAGCAAGUGCUGAGAAAAUGGAUGUGGAUGCGGAAGCACAAACUAAAGCAGAAAUAACCACUGAAGAAAAAGUCAAAGAUGAAAAAGUUAACGAGACAACUGACGAAACUAAAGAAGAUACAGAGAAAGAGAAGGAGAAACCUGCAAGCGACGAGACUGCAGGGCAAGAAGAGAGCGAAAAGUCCAAGGACGAUGAACCGAAAGAGGAUAAACCCGAGCCAGUUUUUAUUGAUGUGGAGGAAUACUUUGUCAAGUAUCGCAACUUUAGUUAUCUGCAUUGUGAGUGGCGCACCGAGGAGGAGCUCCUCAAGGGAGAUCGUCGUGUGGCCGCCAAGAUUCGUCGCUUCCAACAGAAGCAGGCACAACAAAUCAACAUCUUUGAGAACAUUGAGGAGGAACCCUUCAAUCAGGACUUUGUUGAGGUGGAUCGCGUGCUGGACAUGUCCGUGCACACGGAUGAGAAUAGUGGCGAGACCACAAAGCAUUAUUUGGUCAAGUGGAAGUCGCUGCCCUACGAGGAUUGCACCUGGGAGCUGGAGGAAGAUGUGGAUAAUGACAAGAUCGAGCAGUAUCUGCGCUUCAAUAAGAUUCCUUUGCGUUGCGAGUGGAAGAGUCGCAAACGUCCGCAUCCCGAGCAGUGGAAGAAGCUGGAGAAGACGCCCAUCUACAAGAGUGGCAACAGUUUGCGUCCCUAUCAGCUGGAGGGUCUCAACUGGCUUAAGUUCUCAUGGUACAAUUCUCACAAUUGUAUUCUGGCCGAUGAAAUGGGACUGGGCAAGACCAUUCAAAGUCUCACCUUUGUGCAUUCUGUUUAUGAGUAUGGAAUACGUGGUCCAUUUCUGGUCAUUGCACCUCUCUCAACCAUACCCAAUUGGCAGCGUGAAUUCGAGGGAUGGACAGACAUGAAUGUGGUGGUCUACCAUGGCUCUGUGACCAGUAAACAGAUGAUCCAGGACUACGAGUUCUAUUACAAGACAGACAGUGGCAAGGUACUCAAGGAGCCCAUCAAAUUCAAUGUGCUCAUCACCACAUUUGAGAUGAUUGUCACCGAUUAUAUGGAUCUAAAAACCUUCAAUUGGCGCCUCUGUGUGAUUGAUGAGGCACAUCGUCUCAAGAAUCGCAAUUGCAAACUUUUGGAGGGUCUGCGUCAGCUGAAUCUCGAGCACCGUGUCCUUCUUUCGGGCACUCCUCUCCAGAACAACAUAAGCGAACUUUUCUCGCUCUUGAAUUUCUUGGAGCCAAGUCAAUUCUCAUCUCAGGAAGAGUUCAUGUCGGAGUUUGGCAGUCUACGCACCGAGGAGGAGGUUAACAAAUUGCAGGUGCUCUUAAAACCCAUGAUGUUGCGUCGUCUAAAAGAUGAUGUGGAAAAGUCGCUGGCACCCAAGGAGGAGACCAUCAUAGAGGUCGAGUUGACCAACAUACAGAAGAAAUAUUAUCGAGGCAUUCUCGAGCAGAAUUUCAGUUUCCUUAAGAAGGGUACGACAUCGGCGAAUAUUCCGAAUCUAAUGAACACCAUGAUGGAGUUGCGCAAGUGUUGCAUACAUCCCUACCUGCUGAACGGUGCCGAGGAGCAGAUUCAAUAUGACUUUAAGGCUCAGCAUGGUGAGGAUCCUGAAUCGUAUUACAAGAAUCUUAUUCUUUCCGCCGGCAAAAUGGUUCUCAUUGACAAGCUGCUGCCAAAGCUGAAGGCAAAUGGACACCGUGUGCUGAUUUUCAGCCAAAUGGUGCGUUGCCUAGAUAUACUCGAGGAUUAUCUGGUCUAUCGCAAGUAUCCCUUUGAGAGAAUUGAUGGACGAAUUCGUGGCAAUCUGCGACAAGAGGCCAUCGAUCGUUAUUCCAAGCCAGGUUCAGAUCGUUUUGUCUUUUUGCUUUGCACCAAGGCUGGAGGAUUGGGAAUAAAUCUUACAGCCGCCGAUACGGUCAUCAUCUAUGACUCGGAUUGGAAUCCCCAGAACGAUUUGCAGGCUCAGGCUCGUUGCCAUCGUAUUGGCCAACGGAAGAUGGUCAAGAUCUAUCGUUUGUUGUGCCGCAACACCUACGAACGGGAAAUGUUUGACAAGGCUUCAAUGAAACUGGGUCUGGACAAGGCCGUGCUGCAAUCGAUGAACACACACGGAUCUAAGGAUGGCAACAACAAGCAGUUGUCCAAAAAAGAGAUUGAGGAUCUGCUUAAAAAGGGAGCAUAUGGUGCUGUCAUGGAUGAUGACAAUGCCGGCGACAAGUUCUGUGAGGAGGAUAUUGAUUCAAUUCUAAAGCGACGAACACAGAUCAUAACCAUGGAAUCGGAGAAGGGCUCAACCUUCUCGAAAGCAUCGUUUGCCGCCUCUGGCAAUCGCUCUGAUAUUACCAUCGAUGAUCCCGACUUUUGGACCAAGUGGGCAAAGCGUGUCGACAUUGAUCCCGAUGCCUGUGAACGCGAUGAGACCGAGGAUUUGGUUCUCUCUGAACCGCGUCGUCGCACACAAAUCAAACGUUACGGGCAUGAGGAUGUCAUGGAAAUUAACUCGGAGGACUCCUCGAACGAGAACAGCGAUGAGGAGGGCGGUAUAGGUCUGCGCUCGCGUCGGCGCAAGGAGAAACGCAAUCGUAAUCUGGAGAAGAAGGGACACGAAGAGUAUAUACCACGAGAGCGAGAUGCACUGGCUGCCUUGGGUCUGGAGGAGAUACAAUAUGGAAAUUGGGCCAAAUCCGAGUGCUUCAAAGUCGAGAAGGGUCUACUGUCUUUCGGUUGGGGACGCUGGUCGGAACUCUUGGAGUUGGGACAAUUUAAACGAGGCUGGCGUGAUGUGGACGUCGAGGACUGUGCACGCAUUAUUCUGCUGUAUUGCCUGCAAGUGUAUAAGGGUGACGAGAAGAUCAAGACGUUCAUUUGGGAUCUGAUUACGCCCACAGAGGAUGGCGAAGUGCAGAAGAUCAGCAGGGAUCAUAGUGGCCUACACAAUUUGGUGCCACGAGGUAGGAAUGCCAAAGGACGCAAUGGAGGCAAGUCCAACAAGGAGAUGACGCCCGCACCAGGUACUACCUCGGGCAGCAACAGUGGGAACACAACACCCGCCCACAAAUCCAGCGCCUUGGAUGGUCCUGGUGAUGGCAAGGAUGGAAUUGGUGUUAGCGCCAGUGCUGUGGCCGCUGCCGUUGUGAUUGCUCCAACAAGCAUACAUGAUCCCAAUCAUUGGAGCAAGAAGGAGAAAUACGAUGCGGAUGCCUAUCUGGAGGGCGCAUACAAGAAGCAUCUGGGCAGACACGCGAAUAAGGUUCUGCUGCGCGUCCGGAUGCUUUAUUAUAUACAACACGAGGUCAUUGGCGAAUUUGUGCAACAGAUCAAGGAUAAUACGCCAAUCAGCAGUAUGAAAGUAUCAAAGCAACUAGCACUCAAUCUGGAAAGUGAGCUCCCCAUUCGCCCGCCGCCAACGCCUGAUCAAGUGCCAUCCUCAUGGUGGAAUCCCAUUUGUUGUGAUAAGAGUCUAUUGGUUGGAACCUACAAGCAUGGCUGUGAAAUGUACCGUCAAAUGCGCGCCGAUCCAAACCUGUGCUUUGUCACUCACGUAGGCGCCGGUGCCGGUGACGAUUUGGCCGUUACGAAUUUGCCGAUAAAUGAGGACGAUGCAAAUUCGAAACACGAUGACGGCGAUGAGGUUGACGAUGAUGGCACCACAACGACCAAAGACUCGGAUUCCACCAAGCUAACUGCGGGCGAUAUCAAGGAUUCGCUUGAUCCAGAGCGCCCCAGUUCGUCGGGCUUGGACGAGGAGGAAAGCGUUGCGGGCAGCUAUCCACCCACUUUGGUAGCCGUCGAGGAUGCCACACUGUGGCCAUCAAUGCAGGAUCUCAAUACCCGACUUCGUCGCGUCAUCACUGCCUAUCAACGUAACUACAAAAAGGAGGAACUCAAGCAACAACAAAAGGCCAAGCUUCAGGCAUUGGUCUCAUCGACGCCGCCGCUUUCGGUGCCCACGACGCCGACGCUGCAGUCGAUGCAAAUGCAGAUGCAGAGCGGUGGCAACGGGGGCGGCAAUGUUGCAACAAGCGGUGGCAACGGCGGAUCUGUUAGCCAGCUUCAGCAACAACUCGACUCGAGCAAUCGCAGCCUGCAGGCAUUGAUGCAAUCGCAGGGUGCAAGCACCUCAGCAGCUGCUGCCGCUGCCGCCGUCGGAACUGGUUCCGGUUCAACAUUACAACACGGAAUGAGUCAUCAACAACAGCAGCAGCAGCAACAACAACAGCAGGUUGGAAAUGCCGGCGGAUCAACGGUACCGGCCAUGCCCACUGCAGCCGAUAUCAGCCUUAUGCUGAGCAUCCUCAACACCACAGACGUCAGUCAAUUGGCCAAUUUGGACAUCAACAAACUGGCCAUGUAUUUGGUUAGUAUGAACAAUAAAAUGGAGCGACAGGGGAAGAUGGAGCUGGCGGCAAAGGAGCGGGAGUCGCAACGCUUGCAGCUCAUACCCAAGAAGUGGAAUCGUCGCGAGGAAUAUGAAUUUCUACGAGUGCUCACAGGCUACGGCGUUGAUAUGCAACUGAGCACGCCCAUGGGCGUUAGCAGCGGUAACAGCAGCCACAGUCCGGACUGGACCAAGUUCAAGCAGAUGGCACAUCUGGAACGUAAGAGCGAUGAGACCCUCAGUGAUUACUACAAAGUCUUUGUGGCCAUGUGCAGGCGACAAGCGGGACUUAAACUCAGCGAGAACGAGCGAGGACUGGAAGGUAUCAUCGAGGAGGUGGAAAAAGAGCAUGCCAAGCUCAUACUUGAUCGCCUUGAGUUGCUGGCCAAACUCCGAGAAGUUGCACGAAAUCCACAGCUCGAGGAGCGUCUGAAACUGUGCGCAAUGAAUGCAGAUACGCCGGAUUGGUGGGAGCCAGGACGUCAUGAUAAAGAACUGAUUGCCGCAGUGCUGAAGCAUGGUCUUUAUCGCUCGGAGACGUUCAUCUUUAAUGAUCCCAACUUUAGUUUCUCCGAGUCAGAGAAACGUUUCAUCCGCGAGCUCGAGGCACAAAUACAGCGCACCAUCAAAUUGGAAGCCUUCAAUGCUGAGGCUGAAAAGACGGCAGCUGCUGAAAAGGCAGUAGCAGCAGCAGUUGCAGCAGCAGAAAAAGCUGCGGCAGCGGCUGCAGUAAAGAAUGAAAUCAUCGAUCUGGAUGAUGAGCUGCUCACCACAGAGAGUGUCAUCAAGAAGGAGACACCACUGAAGGCGGAGGUAAAGCCCGAACAAAGCGCUGAGAAACCCGAGACGGAAGACAGCACAGAGCAGGAAAAGAGUAAAUCUGCUGAGAAAGCAGCAGAUGAUGUGGAAGUUAUUCCAACGGAGAAUGCAGAGAAGGAAGCGCUGAGCGAAGCAAAGCUGCCCAGUGAAGCCGAGAAGGAAUUACCCGCUGACAAGGAAGCUGAAGUCGAAUCGGAGGCUAAGCCGAAGGAGAGCGAAGAGAAAAUGGAUGUGGAUGAGCCCAUUGCAGAGAAUGGCAACGAGAAAGAUGCUGCCACAGAAGCAGAUGCCACAACCGAAAGCGAGAUGUCAAAAACAGUUGCAGCUGAAAGUGAAGCAUCAACUGAAGAGAAAAAGAGCUGUGAAAAGGAGGAAGAAACUAAGAUGGAAACUGAAGCAAGCGCCGAGAAAACAGCUGAGAUUGAGGACAAAGAAGUCGCCGAAGUGGUGACCAAAGAGAAAGAAGAGGCUUCAGCUGUUAAAGCUGAAGCUGCCGGCGAGGAAACUGCUGCCGUUGAAGCUGUCAAAGAAUCCUCCACAGAGAUUGAGAAGGAAACAACAACAGUCUCUGAAAGCGAGGCCAAGAAGACCGAAGUUGAGGAAGUCACUGAAGUAACUGAGGAGAAAGCCGUCUCUGCGGAGCCGAAGAUCAGCGAAAAGCAGCCCAGUGAACAGGAGAUCCUCGAUCUAGUUGCUGCACCCACCGAUCCCGAUGACGAUGAGGUGAUGAAGGAGAAGGAAAAGGCCGUCGAGGAGGAGUGCAAAAAACAGGCUGCCGAAUUGAAGGCACGCUUUCCAGAUCUCGAGGUUAUUCAACCGGCAGCUGUCAAACAGCAGAAGCUGGAGAAGCCCAAGCUGGAGAUGUGCAUGAUACGUUGGUUUAAGGACUUUGCCCUGGAACGUCGCAUUGCCCACAUCGUUUGCUGUGUCGAGAGCAACAAGUGGCCAGUGGACAAGCAUUACAGUGCCUUUGCCGGGUGCAAGGGUGCCACAGACCUCAACAUUGCGUUGCACGAGUCCAUUCCCCAUCUGAACAGCAUCGAGCGACGUUCCACGACGCCAGAUGUCAUCACCAUCACCACGGAUCAGGGUGUGACCAAGCAUCUGCAGGCCUCCCAAAUGCAACAGGUGGCAAGCAACGCCUCCGUCUCGGCGAGCAACGUCUCCUCCGUGAUGCCCACGGUGAAGACGCCAACAACGACGCCAACGACGUUGCCAGGUCUCGAUGCCAACAGCAUCAAUGCUGCUGUUGCUGCCGCUGUGGCAGCUGCUGCAAGUGGCGGCAAUGCCACAUCACUGUCCGCCCUGCUGCCGGGCAUGUCCCUCAGUGCGGCAACUGCGGGUGCAAAUGCAGCGGCCGUAAAUGCGGCAGGACUCAAUGUUCCCAGUGCGGUUAGUGGCGUCUCCAAUGCAGGCAAGAAGCGAAAGCGACACAUCGCCAUCGAUGUGGAAACGGAACGCGCCAAGUUGCACGCUCUGCUCAACAGCUCAUCGAUGGCACCCAAAGACUGGGAAAGUGAAAUAGCCAACAUGGAGGCAUUGACGGGCUCAUCAGGUCGUCGUGGAGGCUCAGCUGCAGCAUCGGCAGCUGCCUUGAGUGGCAUGCAACCGCCGCCGGCGCAUCAACAUGCCUCGCUGUCCCGCCAAUCCUCUGGACAGUUUAAUAAGCCCGCGGUGCCGGCACUGAAAACGCCGCCACCUUCAAUGGGAGCACCCAUGGAUUUGUCUUCCAGCCUGCCCAAAAUGAACAUGACUGAGAUGCUCAAGUCGGUGUCCAACGCUGGUGCCAUUGAUCUCAGCGAGGUGCAGGACUUUUCGAUGCCCUCCAAGAAGUCAAGUGUGCAUGCGGCGCUCAGUUCCGCCUUUCCCUCAAUGGGGGGCAGCAAGAGCAAACUGGAUGACACGCUUAACAAGCUGAUGAAGAAGAACAAUUGUACCAUUGAGGAACCUGUGAUUGGCAAGGAGAAGAAGCGCAAGAAGCUGGAUGAGAUUGUGUUGGGCUUAUCGGCGGCCAAGGAGCAAAAGACUUUCCCGGAUCCAUCGCUGCCGUCAUCGAAGAAGCCACAAAUACCGCCGAGUGUGUCUGUGACACCAGCGAAUCUUCAAGCGCCAAGUCAACAGCAAUCGAAUCAGAAACCCUUUACUAUCACUGUUACCACAGUGCCCGGAAAGUCCAAGAGCGGCGGCCAAGGCAGCGGAAGCGGCGGUGGCGCCAACAGCUCCUCGGGAAGCGGCCUGAGUGCAUUGCAAAAUAUGACAAUGGGCGGACUGUCGAGCAAGGACAGUCUGAAUGCAUUGUUGGCCCAAACGAUGGCCAACGAUCCACAAACGUUCCUCAAGCAACAACAGAAGAUGAUGCAAUUCCUGCCGCCGGCUCAGCGCAAAGCCUACGAGAAUAUGUUGGCCGAAAUGGAGCAGGCCAUGAAGCUCAGCUCGAAAUUCAAUUCGCCACACGAUGUCAAGGUCAACAAAUGGCUUUCGGACAUGAGCAGCCCCCUGGGGGAUCAACUGAGCAUUGAUUAUGUUGGUGCCGGCAGCGCUGCUAGCAACAGCAACAGUCGACGUGGCAAUCGACAGCAGAGCAGCAGUUCAAGUGCUCAACAAGCAGCAAAUGCAGCGCAAUUGCAAAAGCAACAACAACAGCAGCAACAACAACAACAGCAGCAGCAACAACAACAGCAACAGCAGCAGCACCAACAACAGCAGCAACAACAACAACAGCAGCAGCAGCAACAACAACAACAACAAUCCAUGUCGGGUCCACUUGGUUUAACAGGCGAGGAACCCGUGCCCGUGAUCAACAAGCAGACGGGCAAGCGACUGGGAGGAAACAAGGCGCCACAACUGAAGCGCCUCAUGCAGUGGCUGACGGAGAAUCCCAACUAUGAGGUGGAUCCCAAGUGGCUGGAACAAAUGCAGAAUCCUAUGUCCGCACCAUCACCAAAACCGAGUGUUAGCGCCAUGGACAACAGCGGCAGCUAUGGCUCCAAGUCGCAUGGUGGACGACCCUCGUCGAACUCCAGCAAUGCCUCCUCGAGCAGUCACACCCAGCAACCAAGUGCGGCUCAGUCUCCCGCGGGCAAUUCCAGUGGUUCCUCAAAGAAAUCCUCACGUCAAUCGCAAUCGGCGGCGGCGUUGGAUCAGGCGGCAUUGCAAUUUGGUUCCCUGGCCGGUCUCAAUCCAAGUUUGCUGGCCAAUUUGCCCGGAUUAGGUGCAUUCGAUCCAAAGAAUCCGCUGGCUGCUUUCGAUCCGAAGAAUCCGCUGCUUUCGAUGCCAUUUGGGGCAAUGCCCGGCAUGGGCAGUCUGCCCGGCUUGGGUAAUCUCAACAAUAUGAAUCUGUUUGCCAGCUUAGCCGGCAUGGGUGGGUUGGGUAAUCUGGCUGGAAUGGAUGCCCAGUCGCUGGCUGCGCUCAUGGCUGCUGCGGGUCCAACACUUGGCGGCCUUACAGGCAGCACAGGUGCGGGCACCGGCAAGAGCCAGUCGCAGUCCAGUGCUGGCGGCAAUUCCUCCAGCGCCUCAUCCACCUCAGCCGCCAACAAGAAGAAGCAACAACAGAACGAGGCGGCACAGAUUGCAGCGGCCGCUGCAGCCGCUGCCGUUGUCAAUAGCGGAGCAGCUGGUGGAUCAUCGGGUGGUGGCAAGAAUGCGAAUGCCGCCUCUGCAGCACAAUUGGCCGCCGGCUUUCCAUUCCUCUUCCCCAAUCCCUCGAUUUUGUAUCCACCCAUGGGUCUGGGUGGCCUCAAUCCAUAUUCCUUGGGCUCCAGCGGAUUGGGUUCCGCCUACGAUCAGCUGGCACAACAAUAUAACCUGCUCAAUGGCGUGGCCACAUCCUCGGCAGCGGUCACCGGCUCCACACAGUCCUCCAAAUCGCAUCAGUCGCAGUCGAGCAAGUCGAGCAACUCCCGUUCCGCAUCCAAUUCGGCGGCCAACUCAGCGGCCAAUCUGAUGAACGCCAUGGCCAGCAUGAGCGGCGGAACUGUGACGACGCCCUCGUCCAGCUCCAGUCGCAGUCGCCAGAGCAACAGUCAACGCAACUCGGCAGCAUCGGCGACUCCAAGUGCCGCCGAUAUGGCGCAAUUGUCCAGUUUGUUGAUGCCCGGCGCAGAUCCUCAUCUGCUCGAGUCGCUCAGUCGCAUGAGCAGCAUGGAUCUGGCCCAAGCGACACGUCUGAUGAGUUCCCUGGGCAUGCCACCGAUGCCCACGACCAGCAGUUCCAAUAGCACCAGCAGCAGCUCCAGCGCUGCCAGCAAACGUGCCGCGGCUGCAGCUGCAGCCAAUGAGGCAUCCGCCAAGGAGCAACAAAAGUGGUUCGAGAGCAUAGCACGCGGUGCUCUGCCCACGGAUCUGGCUGCAUUGCAAGCCUUCUCGCAGGGUAAGAUGCCCACAACGUCCUCGGCCGGCGGUACCUCGAACAGCGGCGGCGGCUCCUCCUCCUCCGGCAGCAAGAGUUCGAAAUCCACCUCAGCAGCAGUGGCAGCAGCAGCUGCAGCUGCCGCUGUCCAGAUGCCACAGAUACCCGGCAUGUCCAGUGAAUUCUCCCAGGCGCUGCUCGCCGAGAUGGCUGCCCAGGCGAUGGCUGCUGCCGGCGGUUCGUUGCCACUGAGUGGACCUGGUUCACUGGCCAGUCUGGCAGGACUCACGGGAGGUGCCUCGUCCUCAGCUGGCGGAAGUGGCAGCAGCAGCAGCUCGGCUGCAAAGCGACAACGUGAGCAGGAUGCGUUUAAGCAACAAAUGGAUUUCUAUACCAAGUCGCUGGGUUUGGGAUCGGGCAUCUCGUUGAUACCGACAUCUUCGGCCAGCAGCAGUCUUAAUGCCGCCGCUGCCUAUGCCGCUGCCCUGGAUGCCGAGCAACUGCAGCAACAACAACAACAUCAUCAGCAGCAACAGCAGCAACAACAACAACAACACAAAUCGAAGCGUGCGCGCAGCGAGUUGCAUCCAACAAAGGAUGAGCUGACAGCUGCCGCCUUGGCCGCUGGAUUGCCACUGAAUUUGGGUGCCAGCAUGAGCAGCAUUGAGAAGAGUCUGCGUGGUGUCUCCAGCUCAAGCAGCUCCUCAACUCCGGCGCCCACACCGACUCCGGAGCAGGACAAGGUGACGCUGACCCCUCUAAAUACGAGCUCAAGUGCGGCAAUUGCGGCGAAUCUGCCCUCGCAGACGACCAUCACAAUUGCACCGCCCAUUAGCAGUGGUGCGAGCACCAGCAGCGAACGUUCUGAGCGCAGCGAAUCCCGCAUCUCUCUGACCAUCACGAAUGCGGCAGAUGCCGCCAAGUUGCCGCCUCCCUACGAAGAGGCCGACGAACUCAUCAUUCAGCCCAUCCUAAAGAAACCAGCAGCGCCCAGCAGCAGUCAUGGUGGCAGCGUUGAGGAUCUGGAUGCCAGUGGGGGUGGUGCAGUGGCCAAUUUGAGUGGUUCCAGCAGCAGCAGCUCAUCGGCGGUGGCUGCAGCGGCGGCAGCUGCUGCAGCAGCCGAAGAGAAUCGACGCUCAUCGAAUCGCCUGAAACGUCCACGAUCUGGGACAGAGCAUGGUGGCGCCUCGGCAGCGGAGCAACCGCCGGAAAAGCGACGAGAGCUGCGCUCCACGCGACACACACGUCAAUCGGCGGAUGCGGCAACGCUGAAUCUGUCAGCGGGCAGCGAGUCUGAGGAACGGAAUGAAUGAGUAAAAAGAUGCUCCUAGCCAAACGACAACGCUCCUCCUCCUCCUCCUCCAGCGGGCGUUCGAACCAGACAAGGCAACAAAAGCAACAACAACAAGAUGAAUCAUAAAAAUGAAAAUAACAAAAUGAAUAAAAACCAAAAGCAAAAGCAACAAAAAAGGAAACAGUUGGCGGUGGCCACAAGCAGGUGCCGCACCAGAAAUGCCAAUCGAGGAGAAACAACAACAACAACAGCAACAGUAACAGUAACAACAACUACAACAAGAAACGCACGCAAAUUGAAAUCAAGGCGAAAUGUAACGAGUUCGAGAAUGAUGACUAGAACGAGUAAAAGUACGAGUACGAGUGCGAGUACGACUACGA